UGGUGGCUGGACGUCAUCUUGCUCGCUCGCUGGUUCGGGGUUUUUGUCGACCGGAUGGGGCUCGGAAGUUCCGCCCUCUGGCUCCUCCUGGUAGCCUCGCGUGCAGACUUUGCGGGGUUGAACGUGCCGACCUGGAUCAUCCCUGUCGCCAUCUGGUUCAGCAUCUGCCGCGCGCGGUGCUGCCUCAGCGGCCUCGCCCCCAGUCGGCCCGUCGGCGUCGGCAGCAGUAUGGGCCUGGAGGACUUGAGGGAGACAGUGAAGACGAUGGGGCGCCUCGUGUUAGCGGAUUCCCAAGAGAUCCAAGAGUUGGUCGACGUCGGGUUAAGGAAGUUCGAAGCGGAGCAGGGCGGCCUGUCCGAGCAGCAAGAGGCGAUGGGCCUGUCCGAGCAGCAAGGGGGUCCGAUGCGCGCGGUGAAUUUCGCAGCGUCGGUGAAGUGGUGGGGCAGGCAGGGCAACCUGACCAAGCAGGAGCUGACGGAGGGCUUCGUGAGUCUGUGGAUGGACGUGAUCAUGCGUUCCACCCCCCAGCAGGUGGCAGCCCCGGCGCCCUAUUUCCGUUGGAAGCAGCACAGGAGCAAGGGCAAGGGCAAGGGCAUCAGCGACGACAUGCAGGCGGAGGUAAGGGGCACCGACAAGGGGAUGAUCGUGUACGCGGUGGAGCUCCCCCACACGAACGGCCCAAAGCUGUCGACGCUGCUGGCGGAGGCGGUGGAGGACACGAAGGCGAUCCGCAGGUCAGGCGCAGCCCCUCCAGGUUCGUUGCAUCGCCAGCUCUCGAGGAUCGACGAGAUGUGAGUGCGUCUUCGACGACGGGCCCACGUCCAGUGGGG